AGAAACCAACCAACCAAACUGGAGAGACUUUCCCAACCCAAUUCGUCGUCGUCGAUUACACCGAAGCAUUUUCUUCUCCCUCAUUCCCUCCCUGUAAUUUCUCUAUGUGAUAUUUGACAUCAAAGAUUCAAAAUUUGAUCAUAUGGGUUCUGCUUCUGCUGCUGCAAGUAUGGCGUCUUUGAUUACUUUCGUCCCUGUUUCUUCGACAAGAUUGAGUGUCCAUGACAAGUUGUCAUUUGGGUUUCAUCACAAACGUGGUGGGUCGAUCGCCAAAUUUGCUGCCGCCAUCUCUCCCAACGGCUCUGUUUCUCCUUCUUCUUCACAUGGGUCUGGGUGCUCAGCUGGAUGAUGCGGAUAAACAAAGAAGUAGUCUUGAAUCUCUGUUUUGUUAUGACAAGUCUGUACCGGAAGAGAGAAUUGAGAAACCUGUUGGGAUAUCUUUGACCGAGAAAUUCAUUGGAAACAAACCACGAUGCAUUGAUUGUGAAGCCAAAGGUGCAGUCCUUUGCACCACUUGUUCUGGUUCAGGCCUGUAUGUUGAUUCAAUAUUGGAGAGCCAGGGUAUUAUUGUCAAAGUUCGCUGCCUAGGUUGCGGGGGAAGUGGCAACAUUAUGUGUGGAGAAUGUGGUGGCCGCGGGCAUCUAGGAUGACCUUACUGAACUACAUAUCAUUUGCAGAAAACUGGGUGAUGUUACUUUUACGGUCAUUUUAUACAGUGCUCAACAAGAAUAUAUGAAGUUUGAUGGAGAAACAAAGAGGAUUGCAUGUACCUGUUAUAUCUUCGUAAAAUUUCUAUGUACAGAUCGCAGUUUAGUUUGGAAAAUGUAGUAUAAUCAACAGAAAAAUGCUACGUACUUAGUUUCAUGGUCUGGUAAGAUGUAGUCUAAGAUUUUCGACAUAUACAAACACGAAAGUUACAAGUUUCCA